GAACAUGUUCAACUUCUAGCAUUUCUGAUUCUUAAAAAAUAACGGAUAGAAUAAUCUCUCAUCUGAAGAGUCUGUCUGUCAGUAUUGGACGGAAUUUUUGGGAAGUGAACACCAGUUGUGGGAAGCCAAUCGAUCUCUGAAGACCGUCUUAUUUGAUUCAUGAAUCGGAUCAUCAAUCAAGCAGAGAGAAAGUCCAAACUGGCCCUUGCAGCUACAAAAUACCGUAGUCGCCGACUGCAGCAUCAUAUCAGCCAUCUUUCGACUCACACAGGUACAAUGGCAGCAACCUCCAGCAUCCCCCCGGCUCCGUGGAGGAGCUUGUUCCUAGAACACAUCUCCAAACUGGACGACCCAUACAUGUCUGUAUCAACAGUAGCAUUUGAUCCAAAGACCGGAAUUCCCCUCCCGCGUGUCCGUACUUGUGGCUUUCGAGGGUUUUUCGGUGAGCUCAAACUUCAUCACUCAGCUGAGAAACAGCUCAAAGACGAAGGGGGAUUGAAUCCAUCGAUAUACGAGUCUGAUAUGAUUGCAUUCACUACUGAUGUACGUAUGGAGAAAGUUGAGCAAAUCAAGGAGACUGGAGGUGCCAUUGAGGUUCUCUUUUGGGUCAAGGAAGUUAUGGGUCAAUGGAGGUUGAGAGGACAGGCGUUUGUUAUUGGAGACAGUGAGAGCGAAGCGAGCGAGAAGGCUGCUCGGUCAGAAGUUGAAAAGGGAUUGAGGAAGAAGUCAGACAAUACCGGUGGGUCUGGUGAGUGGUCGUGGGAGAAGGAAGUCACUGCAUAUUUUGCAAAUCAUAGCCCACUGAUGAGAGGUUCAUUCAAAGGUCCACACCCUGGGACACCUCAUAGCCAAAAGCCUGACGACCCGAAUCUCAGCUUAGGUCAAAAAGUCAAGGACCUUCAUGAUCCGGUUGCAAGGAGGCAUUUCCGAGUAGUGGUCAUCCGUGUUGAAGAAGUUGAUAGACUAGAUCUGAACGACCCGGAGAAAGCAUUGCGUUGGAAGACGACAUUAGACCAUACCGGUCAUCAGCGAUGGGAGGAACUAGAAUUAUGGCCUUGAUUUAGCUAUUGACUUUGACGGGACUAUAUCUUCGAAAAGAAGUCGCAAAUGACAAUGUUGCAUUGAGCUGCAAUUUCAAUUCACAUCAACCACUUUUGCCGGCAAUCUCCAUACGCUUUUCUGUUCACGCCCAACCAAUGAUAAUGACAUUCACUUUGACAAUCCAACUCUUUGUCAUUCACUAAAUCACACAAUCAAAUACUCAUUAAGAUAAUUCUC